AUGGCCCCUCCACCGUCAAUCGCAACGAAGCUCAAGGUCCAGCUCAAGCUGGCCAUCGCACGACUGCGUAUGGUUCAGCAGCGUGACGAGUCCAUGUCCAAGACGCAACGACGUGCGAUGGCGCAGCUCCUCGAGGUGGGCAAGAUCGACUCUGCGCGCAUCCGCGUCGAGAACAUUAUCCGAUCCGACAUCACGACCGAGCUGCACGAGAUACUGGAGCUGUAUUGCGAGCUGCUGAUCGCGCGAGCGGGGCUUCUCGAGGGGUCAACGUGUGAUCCUGGCCUAGAGGAGGCGGUCAAGAGCAUCAUCUACGCGGCGCCCAAGACUGAGAUCAAAGAGCUGCAGGUGGUACGGACGCUGCUGGGCGAGAAGUACGGCAAGGAGUUUGUCCUGUCAGCAAUGGAGAACUCAGACGGCAAGGUUUCGGAGAAAGUUGUCAAGAAGCUGAGCGUCACGCCGCCGAGAGAGGAGCUCGUACAAGGGUAUCUAGAGGAGAUUGCGAAGGCGUACAAUGUCGACUGGCCGAAGCGACCCCGCACCGAUGAGCAGCCCGACCUGCUGGACGAUGACGAUGAAGACAGUCCGAGCGGUGGAAUCGGCGUGAGGAUACCCGAGGGCCCGCUGGGUAACAGCUCGAAAGUUGCCCAGGAGCAGGAGGAGCUGAGUAAAGCGACGCCGCCGAGGACGAUUGGGGGGCCCAGCAGUCCGCUGACCGUAACGCCACCGAGGAUGACGACGGAUAACGUUCAUCCCAAAGUGACGCUCAACUCGCUGGAGCUGAAACCGAACAAGAAAAUGGAUGUGGCGGCGCAGAAGAAGCCCAACUCCAAGGGUCCGGGGGGCAGCGUACCUGAUAUCACCGAGUUGGAGAGGAGAUUUGCAGCUCUUAAGAGGUGA